ACAUUUUGGCAAUGCGAUUUAUUGGAGGGAGAGGGAAAUAAGCUUAAAUGGAGAGAGAGAAAGAGCAAAUGUGUUUAUUCUAAAAUGCAUUAUAGAAAAUGAAAACUUGCAAUCUAUCUAAUGAAUAAAUUAUAUAUGUACAUACAAUCUUAUCUACAUAUGUUUGUUUAAGGUUAUUUCUCUCUUCUGCUCUUUGCAUAGCUAUGUUGCUAUGCUCUUGUGGUUCAAAACAAAAAUUUGCUUCCUUUGUUGUGCGAUGGGAGGUUGUAUGUACGUUUGUAUGAGAGUGAGUGUGUGCGUUAGCCAGUUUUGCAUUAUCUAUGUUUGCUACUUUGUUGUUGUUUGGUUCUCUUCUCUAGACAUCUCAUGGAUUGCACUUUCAUUUUGUGUGGGGAGGCGAAAAAAAAACAAAGAAAUUGUUUUUGUUUUGUUCUGAGAUGGGUGAAGUGGGGAGGGGGGAUUUGUUUUUCAUCACUUCUUUGCUCUCGCAUUCAUAAAUUUGAGUGAAUUGUUGAGCAUAUUUGUAUGUAAUACAAAAGAAAUGCUUUUAUUUUACUUUUGCUUUUCCUUUUUGUUUUUACAAACAAACCAACAAAAAAUGAAUGUUGAAUUGAGUGUGAACGAACGAACAAACCAAACAGACAGCAAGCAAGUCAGGCAACGAGCGAGCGAGCGCCCACCAAGUCAACCAGUUUAACAGAUACAUUGAAAAACAACACAACACCACGGCGCACAGUUCGACUUUUGGAACGUCCAAGAAGACUUUUUAGUUAGUGAACAGAAGACGGCCAGAGAGAACAACAAAAUCAACAGCAGCAGCAGCAAGAAGCGAGAAAAUUAAUUAAGAAAAAAAAGAAAUAAGAAUAAAUAUUAUAAACCGACACACACACAGCAAACCAGAGUCAAAUCAAUUGAACAACAUAGAGUAUAGUAUAAUUAUGCUGUCAUAAAGAGGAAUAACAAAAUACAAUUGGACCAAUAAGAUAGGUGGAGGAGAGAAGACAUGUAGCUUAAAUCAUACAAUAAAGAAAUAGUAAAAUCUGAAAACGAAUAUUAACAUCACCUAUAACAAUUAAAAACGAAUACCUAAACAAAAAUUCUAAGUAAUUAAAAGAGAAAAAAAAUGUUUGCAAGAAUAACUACUGCUUGCCAUCUUUUCUCCUCCUCUUCCCUAUGAGAGAAUCCAUUGAUAUUCCUUUCGAAAUCUAUUAGGCUGCGAAAUUGAUUUGAUUUUGUUGUUGUUUUGUUCCCCCCCACUGAAAUAGUAAAGUUUUGUUGCAAAGUUCUGGACUGGCUGUUUUGCUAUAUUUAUACGAUUUUUUUGGUGUCGCAUUCAACUGAUGGUGGACGUGACGGAACGCGCAACGCUUAUUAUUUUUCCAAGCUGUUCCCUGUUCGGCAGAAGAAAGUGUUUUUCAGCUUGACUACAAUAACAAAAAUACCUCCACGGAAUUAUCAACGAAAAACUGUUAUUGCCUAAAAGUAAAAGUGGUGUUAGUGCGUGUGUGUGUGUGCUCGUGUUUGGGAAAACCAACAACAGAAAAAUCAAUGUUUAAAAAUUUUCCAAAGAAAACAAUAAAAUAAAUACUUGUAUUAAAAAGUGACAGCAACAAAGAAAAUAUUAAAAACUAGAAAAUUUAUAACAUUGUGGUGUUUGUGUGUGCGGUUCGGUUUAAAACUUUGGCCAACAUUUUGAAAAUCGCAUUUUAAAUGUUUAUUCAAAACAAUUCAAAUUUCGAUAACAGUGGCGGUGGUGGUGGUGGUGGUGGUGGAGGUGGCGGCGGCGGUGGUCUUGGUAUCAAUGGCGGCGGUGGAGAAGUUAAUGAUGUCGUUGGUAGUGGUAGUAGUAGUAGUAGUAGGGGAGGAGCUGCUGCUUCAGUUGAGGCCCUUAGUGUGGGCGAGAGCAGCUUAAGCACCAGCACAGCCAGCGAGGGUGGCGGCAGUCAAGAACUCAUAUUUCCCCUUAGAUCCUCACCACGUCAUCAGCAACGUUCCAGCGAUUCGGCAACGCAACAGCGCGAAAAUAACAAUAAUUCCAAUACAAAACGUUCGUUCAAUUUAAAUCUCAGCUUUAGCAACAACAACAAUCGCAAAUUGUUAAGCGUUGGCGGCGGCAGCAAUCAUAUUGGGGGCGGUGGUGGUGCACCAUCCUUUUGGAGUUCAGUGGCUUCAAAUGUCUCAGCUUCGUCGUCAUCAUCCUCCUCCUCAUCAUCAAUAACAUCAUCUGCUUCGCCCUCGGCUUUGGCUUCUUCUUCAACAUUGUCCUCGGAUGUCAGUGGCAUUGUUGUUGGCGGCGGUGGUGGUUGUGUUGGCAUUGGUGGUGGAGGACCCCCUGGUGUGGUUCAAAGGGUUUUCCUUAAUACAAAACCCAAAAAUAAAACCGAAUUGAUUUUGGCAACAACAACCGGUGCAAGUGUUGCAAAUACAACAGCAGCAGCGGCGGCGGCGGCGGUGACGACGACGGCAUCAACCACCUCCUCGCCGGUGCAGGCCGUGGGGAACAAUAUAUUAAACGUUUUGGAGCGUAAGGCAGCAACGUGCAUCUACAAAAUGGAUGUGGAUUCCUCAGAUGAAAAUGGACCUCAAACAUUCCUCAACACAAACGAUAAUGAUGAUGAACUUAUUAAACAACUGCCAAAGGAAAUACUAUUACGUAUAUUUUCAUAUUUGGAUGUGGUUUCAUUAUGCAGAUGUGCACAAGUCUCUAAAUACUGGAAUAUCUUAGCUUUAGAUGGAUCCUGCUGGCAGAAAGUCAAUCUCUUUGAUUUUCAACGUGAUAUCGAGGGUCCCGUCAUAGAGAAUAUUUCCCAACGCUGUGGAGGUUUUUUGAAAUUUUUAUCCCUGCGUGGAUGCAAGUCUGUGGGUGAUCAAUCAAUACAAACUUUAGCCGACUACUGCCACAACAUAGAACAGUUGGAUUUAUCGGAAUGUAAUAGAAUAACCGAUAUAUCAACAGAAUCGAUAAGUCGCCAUUGUUCAAAAUUAGCCUCCCUUAAUUUAGAAUCAUGUUCUAAUAUAACCGAUAAUAGUUUAAAAUACAUUUCGGACGGAUGUCCGAAUUUGCAAGAAAUCAAUAUAUCAUGGUGUCAUUUAAUAACGGAAAAUGGUGUUGAAGCUUUAGCACGCGGUUGUAAGCAUUUGCGUAAAUUUUCCAGUAAAGGUUGUAAGCAGGUGAAUGACAAUGCCAUCUCGUGUUUGGCCAAAUAUUGUCCCCAUCUCAUGGUGCUCAAUUUACACAGCUGUGAGACUGUCACCGACUCGUCUAUACGACAAAUAGCAAAUAAUUGCCACAAUCUACAGAAAUUGUGCGUAUCCAAAUGUGCCGAACUGACCGAUCUAUCACUGAUGGCACUCUCUCAAAAUAAUCCAUAUUUGAAUACUUUAGAGGUGUCGGGCUGUCGCAACUUCACCGAUUUAGGUUUCCAGGCCUUGGGCAAAAAUUGUAAAUAUCUGGAGCGCAUGGACUUGGAGGAGUGCAAUCAAAUCACCGAUCUAACGCUAGCACACUUGGCCACCGGUUGUCCAAGUUUAGAAAAAUUGUUUCUAUCUCAUUGUGAACUGAUAACUGAUGAUGGUAUACGACAACUGGCAGCUGGCAGUUGUGCAGCGGAAAGUCUAUCCGUCCUCGAAUUGGAUAAUUGUCCUUUAAUCACUGAUCGUACAUUAGAGCAUUUAGUUUCUUGUCAUAAUUUACAAAGAAUUGAGCUAUUUGACUGCCAACUAAUUACAAGAGCAGCAAUACGCAAACUAAAGCAACAUUUACCAAAUAUAAAAGUUCAUGCGUACUUUGCCCCAGUUACACCGCCACCAGUUACCACUGGACAACGACCACGCUAUUGUCGAUGUUGUGAGAUUUUGUGAGAUUCGGCCAUUGGCUUUGCACGAAAACUACUGUGCAAAGGCCCCACGGACUGAUGGUAUAUAUUCGCGAGCAUUAUCUUGAUUAUCCUGACGAUAAUUGUAGCAUCGCUUAUGUUAGUGUACGUUUUCACCGCUAUCUAUAAAUUUACCAUUUGAGUUAAGGAUGAUCGAUCGAUCACAAACAAACAACCACUCAUCCCCACCCACUCACACUCACAAUCAAAUGCAAGGAAAUUAAAGAAAUCUCAAAAAAAGAUUUUAAACUUUCCUUACACCUCGAUAUUCACAUACAUCUUGCAUAUACAUACAUAUAUGUUAUAUACAUACAUUAAACAUUUUCUCAUUUUUCCCCAUUGGCCACGAAAACGCAAACUACGAAAAUUAUUUCCAUUUCAUUUUUCCAUAUUGUCAUUUGUCCAAACAUCAUUUGUAGGAAAAAAAUUGGAAAUUCGAAAAAACGAAUAUUUAAAAAAAACAAAUUUUUUUUGUAAUCAUAAAUCCCCUUUCAUAGCUUUCCUCUCUAAUUACUUUCUUUAAAUUAUUAUUACAAACAAAAAAAAAAAAGAAAUGAAAAACAUCUACCAUAAUGAAAACAAAAUCAGCAAUUUUUUUAUAUACGAAAGAAAGAAAAAAAAUGUUUAACAUUUAUAAGAAUUUUUAAGUGAUAACAAGCAAACAAAAAAAAAUUAGAUUUUAUUUAAAUUUUAGAAAAAAAGAAGAAAAUAUUUGUUUUUAAAUUGCAAUGCUGUCUGUCACCUUUGUCUUACUCUAAGUAUUUUGUUGGAGUUAAGUUUUUAUGUACUAUUCUUUGUUUUUAUGUUUAACAUUAUGAUUUAAAAUAGUGAAUGGUAAUAAACAUCGAUUCUAAUAAAAAAUCGAUAAAUUUAUUAAUAAUAAUUAUCACAAUUUUUUGUUGAUCAAACUCAAGUAAUGCUGAGUUUACAUGGCACAUCUGAUGUAUGGUCAUUGUAAUAGUAUUGGUGAAAACAAAGGUGUAUUCGUCACAUGUACACAUAACCAUCCGUCAUGGCUGAAAAAUCAAAAUCAUUUAAUUUUUUUCGAUGAAUGACGUCUAUCGAUUACCGUUGACAAAGAAUUGUGUAAUCAUUAAUUGACAGAUAUUAAAAAACAUGUUUUGUGACAAAUAAGGUUAAGAAAUGAGAAGUAAAGUAUGAAAAAUCUAAUAAAAUCACAGAAAAGAAAAAAAUUGAUGUACCGUUUUAGGCAAAAGCUGUAACCACGAUCAUGAUGUGCCAUGUAAACUCUGCUUAAUAAAAGAUCAUUAUGAUUUAUUUAUUAAUUUUCUCAAUUAUUUUUAUUUUUCUUUUCAUAAACAUUUUAUUGGUUAAGUGACUAAUAAUCGCUUAUUUGUUUCAGUACGGUUCAUGUUAUUCGUUUCCCCCCGAUAUUCGGCUAAUACCGUAAUUGAUAUUUCAUUUCUAGUUUAAAUUUUUUUAGUUAAAUAACAAUUUUUGAUUAGAAAUAAUUGAAACUUGUAAAUGCAUUAUACUAUUUUCAAAUAUGAAAAUAUUAAAUCGUUAUCGAUUUUCUGAAAUCGGUAAUCGAUUUGUUGCACUACUUCUGAAAGUCUUUCGUGUACUUUAUAAGCCAUCAGAACAGCGGGAAAGUACGUGAGAGUGAACAAAAUUUUGAGAGUUUGGUAAUUGAGAACAAUCUUAUUGAUUAAGGUUUCAAUCUAUAAAGCUGCUUUCAUACGAUAUGUAUUGUCAUAUGUAUUUUCAAAGAAAGCUACUCUGAAAGUUGUACACAUCAUUUGAUAAAUACGAAAAAUUUUAUACAAAAAAUGGAUUUUCAAAUAAAUAUGCAACAUUUUAUUUUAUUAAAAAUAUUGAAAGAUUAGAGCGCACUCUAUUCGUAUUUGACGACCAUAAGGAAAACUUGAUGAAUACAAAAAGUGACAGCACAUACGUAAGGCACAUAUCGUGUGAUAGCAGUUUAACAGGUAGUGUACCGUAAACAGCUGAGUACCAUUUUUUCUCGCAAAGUGCACUAUCUGUCAACGAGUUUUGGUUGUGUGUGUGUGUGUUAUAGUUAAGAACCAUAACACGGAAACCACGAAAAAUGGCGCGUAGAGUUGCCGUAAUCACUGAUUUUGACAGAUAGUGCACUCAAUAAUUUCUUGUUGGGCAACUGCCACUACCUGUAUAUGAAUAUAUCUUGAGUUUGACCGGUUUUAGUCUUAUACCACGUUUACACUAGGGCCCAAAUCCACUUGAUUUGAUAUUAUCUCCAAAACCCGUUAUCACUACAAUUCAUUUUUAUAAUUUCAAUGAGAAAUUGUCAGAUGUUAGAAAAAAUGCUGUUCAAAACUACCGAUAAUAACCGGUAUCCAACACAAACGCAGUGUUGCUUAUGAAUUUCGGAGGGAAUUUUGUGCCAAUGUAGGGGAAACCCCAUUGCAAAACAUAAGAUUUCCGAAAACUUGUCGUAAAUAUAGAUUUGUUGCAAGUGUAAACCAAAAUCCCGUUUACACUGCUCUUUAAACCCGCAUUUAAUGGCUCGACCAUCUGGUUUGCCUUUAUAAAAUCAGCUGACGAGAGCCUUAAAUCGAGAUUUAAUGAUCAGUAUAAACGGGGUUCAAGAUGAUGGGUUUUAUGGUAGUUUUCACGAUUCAAUAAUUAAAGGUUGUCUAACCGAAGAAUUGUUGUUAGAAAACAAAAAAAAAAAUUGUGUACACGUGUGAAUAAACUUGUGCAAAAAAUUGCGAAAAAUAAGAAAACACCAAAGAGAAUGUAAACAAAAAACUGGACAUCUUAAUACUGUCAAAUGUUGUCGACUUGUACCAACUGCUCGCGUAAGACAACCUUUAAUUAUUAUUUAAUUUAUUUGUUGUUGGAACUGUGUUCUACCUAGAGCAAUGAGUUUUUGUUUAUAUUUGAAAUAGAAAAGCAAAAUAAAAACCCUUUAAAAAGUUAAGGCAAAAUGUGGUGUCGCAAAAUGCUUCUUGCCAUUGCACUCCUCACUACUUAGUGAGUAGGUGGAAGCAUAUAAUCUUUUAGUGGCAAAGCAGUCCGAAGAGGCCCCUGGUAAGGCCGAAAUCGCCAUCACUGUAGCCUGCCCAAUGCAUUUGGGACACCACAUCUCUCGUCUAGAUUUGCGACGAGAUUUCGGAAAUCUUGCAACGAGGUUUCCCAUACAUUUUCAAUGUGAGCAAAUUAACUUAUUUGAGGAGAUUUGCAGCAAAUCUCGAAGUUUUGGUCAGCACUUUUUCUUAACAUCUGACAAUUUCUUAUUGAAAUUAUAAAAUUUUGUAGUAAUUUAAUAAAAUCGUUUCACAAAUCUAACUGCUGACCGCAAUGACACCCACCAAGAAAUUUGUGUUUGUGUGCAGAAAGUGAGCGUACAUAAGCAGACCAUAUGCUAGAAAGAAGAUAACAACAAAGAGAAUGCAAACUAAAAUCUGUCGUCUUAAUUCCGUCAAACCUGGCCAGCUGUUAACGGCUGUUCGCGUGAGACCACAUUUUUAAAUCCGCCUUGAUCACGACUAUUCGGUAAUUAUCGUAUGUUUUGGCAUGAUAUCGAACUUCUGACUUGCACUGGAGAGGACUAAAAUAAAAUCGAUUUACCAUUCACUGUUUUAAAAUUGGUUUCUUUUUUGUUUUCUGUUUUUUUUUUUUUAAUUAAAACUUUCUCCCAUUGUUCCCUAACAACGAAUUAGGUUAUGAUUAUAAUUAUUAUGCUUAUUUUACUAAUUUUGUUCAUAAGGCAUUUGAGUUCGAUAACCAAAUAUCGAAGAUAUUGGUUUACAAAAAAAAAUUUUUUUGAAAGAAAGAAAGAGAGAGAGAGAAAAGGACAAAGCAACGCAUUGCUCAGUUUCCAAGUUAUUAAACAACAAAAUAAAACUUUUCCCUAAAUGUUAAAAAAAAUGUAAAGAAAAUUUCAUUCUGAUCAAGCAGCAUCUUUGGUAAACUUUUGGCCUCUUAAAAUUUCAUUUAAAAUCAAAGUUAUAUACACCAUGAACUUUUUUGUUUUUAUACCCUCCACCAUAGGAUAGGGGUAUACUAAUUUCGUCAUUCUGUUUGUUACGCCUCGAAAUAUGCAUCUGAGACCCCAUAAUGUAUAUAUAUUCUUGAUCGUCAUUUUAAGUGGAUCUAGCCAUGUCCGUCCGUCUGUCGAAAGCACGCUAACUUUCAAAGGAGUUGAGCUAACCGCAUGAAAUUUUGCACAAAUACUUUUUAUUAGUGUAGGUCGGUUGGUAUAGUAAGUGGGCCAAAUCGGUCCAUGUUUUGAUAUAGCUGCCAUAUAAACCGAUCUUGGAUCUUGAGUUCUUCAGCCUCUAGGGGGCGCAAUUCUCGUUCGAUUUCACUGAAAUUUUACACUUCGUGUUUUGUUAUCACUUCCAACAAUUCUGCUAAGUAUGGUUCAAAUCGAUCCAUGUUUUGAUAUAGCUACCAUAUAAACCGAUCUUGGGUCUUGACUUUUUGAGCCUCUAGGGGGCGCAAUUUAGCACGCUGUGUUUUGUUAUAACUAUCAGCAACUGUGCCAAGUAUGAUUCAAAUCGGUUCAUAAUCUUGUAUAGCUGUCAUAUAAACCGAUCUUGGAUCUUGACUUCUUGAGCCAAUAGAGCGCGCAAUUCUCAUCCGAUUUGGCUGAAAUUUUGCAUGCGAUGUUUUGUUAUGACUUCCAAUAAUUGUGCUAAGUAUGGCGUAAAUCGGUAUAGAACCUGAUAUAGCUGCCAUAUAAACCGAUCUGGGAUCUUGACUUUUUGAGCCUCUAGAGGGCGCAAUUCUCAUGCGAUUUGGCUGAAAUGUUGUACAACGUCUUCUUUCAAGACCUUCAACAUACGUGUCUAAUAUGGUCUGAAUCGAACGAUAGCUUGAUACAGCUCCCAUAUAAACCUAUCUCCCGAUUUUGCUUCUUGAGCCCCUACUAGGCUCAAUUCUUAUCCGAAUGAACUGAAAUAUUGCAAAAUGACUUCUACAAUGUUCAGCAUUCAUUUAUGAUCCGAAUCGGAGUAUAACUUGAUAUAGCUCCAAUAGCAUAACAGUUCUUAUUCAUUAUUCUUUAUUUGUCUAAAAAGAGAUAACGCGCAAAGAACUCGAUAAAUGCGAUCCAUGGUGGAGGGUAUAUAAGAUUCGGCCCGGCCGAACUUAGCACGCUCUUACUUGUUAGUUUUACUUUUUUUGUAGUGAAUCUGAAGCAGUGAUGUUGGAUGUUAAUUGCUUGACAUUUUCUUUUUUUAAGUUUCAACUCUCUUUUGUUUUUAUUUUUGUGUUUGAGAAAAAACUAAAACAAUAAAACCUAAGAAAACAAAAAAAUACAAUGAUAAACAAAAAUAUAUAUUUACGAUAUAUUUGGUCUUAGAAGUUAACUGAAUGAAAAAUUAAACAAAAAAAAAAACACAAAAAGAAGAAAAAUUAUAAUAUUAAUUUAACUAACGAUUAUAAUGAUUAUUAUAUGAUUAUUAUAACAUUAGUUGUAGAAUGUGUGAUAAACAAAAAGAAAAACAUGCUUUUAAAAAAUAUAUAUAUAAAAUAAAACAAAAAAACAAACAAAAAAACUCAUUUUAAAAUAUAAUUCAAGAAAAAAGAAAUAACUGUCAACUGAUUUAAAAAAAAAAAAAAAAAAAAAACAAAAAACGACAGAUAACACCAGACAUACUCUCACCUAACCUCCACCACUUACCCCAAAGCCCCUAGACAACUCCCCUACAGACAUUUUAACAAAAUUAUGUAUAAUUUUACUCUAUGUUUUAGUCUGCAACUACUACAACAACAACAAACAAUAUAAAAAAAAAACAUUUAUUUUAGCAAGAAGUAACCAAUAAAAAUAGAAAACAAAAAUUUAUUUCAAAAUUUUUGCUAAGGUCAUCGAGUUAUGAAAAAAUGAACAAGACGAGAAACGACCACAAUAAUGGGUGAUGAAAAUUUAAAACAAAAAAAUAAAUCUUAUAAUUAAUAAAGAUAAACAAUUAUAUUGUAUGUAAUAUUUUAUGCGUAGCAUUGUAAAAUAUUUGAAAAGGUAAUCCCUAUAUAUAGAGAGAGAAAACAAACAAAAUAAAUGGCAACUGUCAAGAGAAACAGCAACAAACAAAUAAAUAAUAAAAAAAAAAACAACUGAAAAAUAAAAGGAAAACGUAUAUUUUUUAAAAUUUAAGAGAAAUAAAAUUACAACAAAAUGCCGUAUAAGCUUAAGUAAGCCAAACAAAUAGCAUAAAAGGGGGCCCUCGAAUUAUAAACAAAAGAAAGAAAAAAAAAAAUAAAAAAAAAACAACUGAAAACACAGUUAUGAUUAAGGCUUUGGCUAAAGACUUAAAAUGGUGUCUGAAGAGAAACUGCUUUUGGGCUAUAAAGAAUAAUUGAAUACAGAGUUUCAAUUUUCAAGGACGAUAAGUGCUUUAAGCAGGGUGAGACAGAGAAAAAACAACUAAAAGAAUUUUGAAAUGGGUUUUGGCAAAGAAAGAUUAUUUGUUGAUGGUAGGUUUGGAAGCUAUGCUGGAUUAGCAACCUAUUGAGGUCUAUAUUCGAAACUGUGCCGUUUAUACUCGUGAUCUGGUGGUUGGACUAAAAGAAGUUUUUAACAAACUGUAGUGGAAUUCUCUAAGCUGUUUUAGCGAAAUUUGUUUUUCAAGUCGAGCUUAAUGACCAAGCAAAUGCACUCCCUCCGAUUAGUGACAGUUCUGAACUUCACGGCCGUGUGAAAAGGUCCCUACGGACCUUUUUUGUAAAUCAUGUUUUUUUUCAUAUACAUUUUUUUUUUGAUAUUUUGUUUUGUUUUUAUUGUUUAUAACUAAAUUCUACAUACAAAAAUAA